AUGACCGGCUUCUGCCUCAAUGACCGCGCGGAGGAGGCGGUGUCCGUGUUCGAUGAGAUGCUGCGACAUGGCUUGCGCAUCACAGAGAGGACAGCGAUCGUUUUGCUCUCCGCUUGUUCUCAGCUUGGUGAUCUGGCCUUGGGCAGCACGGCGCAUGGGUACAUCUACAAGGCUGCUGCGCGUUUCGAAGAUUGUGUGUUCACCGGCACUGGUUUAGUGGACAUGUACUGCAAAUGCGGAUCCCUUACCAGUGCAUCCAAAGUGUUCGACGAUAUGACUAGCAGAAACGUUUUGACAUGGAGCGCGAUGAUAGGUGGGCUUGCCAUCCACGGGAAGGGAAAGACAGGAUUGCGGCUGAUGGAGGAGAUGGUGAAGGCAGGUUUUUGGCCCAACGCAGCCACCUUCACUGGUUUGCUAUUCGCCUGCGUCCAUCGCGGGCUCGUAAACGAAGGCCUCCGCCUGUUCGACGUCAUGAAGAGCAGAUUCAACGUUGAUCCGUGCAUGAAGCACUACGGUUGCAUGGUGGACCUCCUUGGGCGAGCCGGGAUGGUGAGGGAAGCGUAUGAGUUCGUGAAGGCAAUGCCGGUGGAGCCAGACGUUAUCCUAUGGAGGGCUUUGCUGGGGGCGUGCAGAAUCCACGGCCAUGAAGAACUCGGCGAGGAAGUUGGGAAGAUUCUGCUGCAGUGGGAGAAGAGAUCGGCAAGGAGGGGUAGUGGUGAUUGUGGAGACUUCAUUGCAUUGUCAAACAUGCAUGCUUCAGCUGAGAGAUGGGAGGAUGUUUCAACAAUUAGAAGGGAGAUGAAGAAAAAUACAACAGGAAAUAGACCAGGUCAGAGUACAGUCUGA